AGGAAACCUAAUAACAAAGAAGAAGCCAGCUCAGUAGAAUUUCAGAUGUGGCAAUGGCAUCUGCUGCAAUCAGUUCAGUUCCUACCACUGCAUCUCGUUUUGCUUUACUACAAGUCAAAAGCGAUACUAAUUCGGAACCUGGAAAAGGAAGAAGUGGCCGAGGUGCCAGUAAAUCUCAGGCUUCAGGGGGAAGAUCAUCUAUAAAUGAGAAAAAAAGAAAGAAAAGAAGAAAAAAGAAAGAACAGCAGCAGAGUGAGGCCAAUGAGCUCAGAAACCUUGCUUUUAAAAAGAUUCCUCAGAAAUCCUCACGUGGAGGCUAUCUAUCUCAGCAUGAACAAAAACUGCAUGCUGCAAUGCAGAAGGACUCUCAGGAAGAAAUUUGGCAGGAGUGGAGACACAGAGAUGAGCAGCUGACAUCUGAAAUGUUUGAAGCUGAUCUUGAAAAAGCAUUGCUGCUAAGCAAACUGGAAUACAAAGAGCACAAAAAGGAACAAGAAAACUUUGAAAAUACUUCACCUCAGUCAAAGUCUGUGAAUAAGAAUGAGAAAAAGAACCAGCAAGGAAAAGACAAACCUCUCACUGUGUCUCUGAAAGACUUUCAGUCAGACAGUAAUAUAGAUAACCUUGCUAAAAAACAUGAGGACCUGAAGACUUCACAGUCUUUGUUGCGUGAUGGAGGAUUUUUCAACAAGCUGGAAGAUGAUGUUCACAGAAUACUUGAAAGAGAGAAAAGGAGAGUCCAGCUCACUGAUUACAGUGAGACAGAUAACUGCACAUCUCAUGAACACAACCAGGAGAGUGUUUUGAAAGACGGAAAAACAGAACGACUAAAGCUUGAGCUUGAAAAGAAAGAUGCAGAAAUUGAGCAACUGAAAAAUACAGUAACUCAGUGGGAGGCCAAGUAUAAAGACGUAAAAGCAAGAUAUGCACAGCUUCUGAAGAUGAUGCAAGAAGGUGAAA